AUGUGUCCCGGUGCCGACCCCGAGCCCAAUGGGCAGACUAACGGUGCCAACGGUGCCAACGGUGACCACCCCGGCUUCACUGGUAUCGAGACCCGCCAGAAUCCUCACCCUACACAAUCCCGCAACCCUUACGGCCACAACGUCGGUGUUACCGAUUUUUUGAGCAAUGUCUCCCGCUUCCAGAUCAUUGAGAGCACCCUUCGUGAGGGCGAGCAGUUCGCCAAUGCCUUCUUUGAUACCGAGAAGAAGAUCGAAAUCGCCAAGGCUCUUGAUGACUUCGGUGUUGACUACAUCGAGCUCACCAGCCCGUGCGCUUCUGAGCAGUCACGUCUUGACUGCGAGGCAAUUUGCAAGCUUGGUCUUAAGGCCAAGAUCCUCACUCACAUUCGCUGCCACAUGGAUGAUGCCCGUGUUGCUGUCGAGACUGGUGUUGACGGAGUCGAUGUCGUCAUUGGCACCUCCUCCUACCUCCGUGAGCAUUCCCACGGCAAGGACAUGACCUACAUCAAGAACGCCGCCAUUGAAGUUAUUGAGUUUGUCAAGUCCAAGGGCAUUGAGAUCCGUUUCUCCAGCGAGGACUCCUUCCGUUCCGACCUGGUUGACCUUCUGUCCAUCUACUCCGCCGUCGACAAGGUCGGUGUCCAGCGUGUCGGUAUCGCCGACACUGUCGGCUGUGCCUCCCCUCGCCAGGUCUACGAGCUCGUCCGUGUCCUCCGCGGAGUUGUUGGCUGUGAUAUUGAGACUCACUUCCACAACGACACUGGCUGUGCCAUUGCCAACGCCUACUGUGCCCUUGAGGCCGGUGCCACCCACAUUGAUACCUCCGUCCUCGGUAUCGGUGAGCGUAACGGUAUUACCCCUCUCGGUGGUCUGAUGGCCCGUAUGAUGGUCGCCGACCCCGAGUACGUCAAGGGCAAGUACAAGCUCGAGAAGCUCAAGGACAUCGAGGAUCUCGUUGCCGAGGCUGUCCAGGUCAACAUCCCCUUCAACAACUACAUCACUGGUUUCUGUGCCUUCACCCACAAGGCCGGUAUCCACGCCAAGGCUAUCCUCAACAACCCUAGCACCUACGAGAUCAUCAAUCCCGCCGACUUCGGCAUGACCCGCUACGUCCACUUCGCUUCUCGUCUGACUGGCUGGAACGCCAUCAAGUCGCGUGCUCAGCAGCUCAAGAUCGACCUGACUGAUGCGCAGUGCAAGGAGUGCACUGCCAAGAUUAAGGCUCUGGCUGACAUUCGCCCUAUCGCCGUCGAUGAUGCCGAUUCCAUUAUCCGUGCUUACCACCGCAACCUCAAGUCUGGUGAGAACAAGCCCUUGAUGGACUUGAGCCCCGAGGAGCAGGCCCAAUUCGCCGAGAAGGAGAAGGAGCUUGCGGCUGAGGCCGAGACCAACAAUGUUGCUAUCUAA